AUGAAUCUGGAAAAGACUAAAUAUCUUUGUAUUGGAGACCAAUUGAGUGAACUGGGUAUAGGUACAGAAAGCAUACAACCUUGCGAAGAAUAUUUAGGAGUGGAGUUCGACACAAGCGGUACAGAUGACAAUGAGAUAAGAUCACGAGUAAUAGAGGCAAGAAAAGUGAUUGGCUGUUUAAAUGGAAUACUCUGGAGCAAAAAUAUAACUAGAUCACGAAAGUUCAACAUCUACAAUACAAUGAUCAAAAGCCAAUUAACGUAUGGAUCUGAGACAUGGAGACUGACAGAAAGAAAUAAGAGGAGGAUAGAGGCUCCAGAGAUGGAUGCGUUGAGGAGAUCGGCUAGAAUAUCUAGAAUGCGAAGAAUAAGAAACCAGGAAGUACGAAAUCAAUUGGAAGUAGAAGGCACAAUCAUGGAUGAUAUAGAGUGA